GCACCCGUAGCCGCAUCCCAGAUUCAGCGCUGCCGCUGCUGUCACAACAAGAGAAAGAGGAUAAUAAGUUAUUAGUCAGCUGACAGAAGAAUAAUCCUCUUCAUAACGACUCCGAGCCGCUAACAUUUUAUUUCAAAAUGUCUGACAAAAGUGAGCUAAAAGCAGAGUUGGAGAGAAAGAAACAACGACUGGCUCAGAUCAGAGAGGAGAAGAAGAGGAAGGAGGAAGAGCGCAAGAAGAAAGAGCUGGAUGGACAGAAGGAGGGAGCGUCUCCUCCGCAGGAUGACUCUGAUCUGGAGAGGAAGAGGAGGGAGGCAGAGGCUCUGCUGCAGAGCAUGGGGAUAGUGGACGCCUCCAUGGUCCCCCCUCCCAUGUCCCCCUCUGCCAAAUCAGUGGGCACACCCAGCGAAACGGGCAGCCAGGACUCAGGAGACGGCGGCACGGGGCCGAGGACUCUUCAUUGGGACUCUGACCCCUCUACUCUACUGCUCCAUUCAGACUCUCAGCUCGGACGUGGCCUGUUGAAAUUGGGCAUGUCAAAGGUCACGCAGGUGGAAUUCCCGCCCAAAGAGCUGGUGUCAUACUCAAAAGAGACACAGACGCCCACACAGACUCAUCACAAAGACGAUGAGGAGGAGGAGGAAGAUUUGGCAGUGAUGCAGCCUGCUCUGGAGAAUCAAGAGGAGAAAGACUCUCAGAAUGAGGAAGAGGAAGCGUCCCCUCAUGAGCUGACGGAGGAAGAGAAACAGCAGAUUCUUCACUCGGAGGAGUUCGUGACUUUCUUUGACCACAGCUCUCGUAUCGUGGAGCGCGCUCUCUCUGAGCAGGUGGACGUGUUUUUCGACUACAGCGGACGGGACCUUCAGGAUAAAGAGGGAGAGUCUCAGGCUGGAGCCAAACUCUCCCUGAACAGACAGUUUGCAGACGAGCGCUGGUCCAAACACAGAGUCGUCACCUGUCUCGACUGGUCACCGCAGUACCCUGAGCUGCUGGUGGCGUCAUACAGCAGUAAUGAAGACGCUCCGCAUGAGCCCGACGGUGUGGCUCUCGUCUGGAACAUGAAAUAUAAGAAAACCACACCGGAAUAUGUCUUCCACUGCCAGUCUGCAGUGAUGUCAGCAGCGUUUGCACAGUUUCAUCCUAAUCUGGUGGUUGGAGGCACGUACUCGGGGCAGAUCGUCCUGUGGGACAACCGCAGUAACAAACGCACCCCUGUGCAGAGGACACCUCUCUCCGCCUCGGCUCACACGCACCCGGUGUACUGUGUGAAUGUGGUGGGGACGCAGAACGCUCACAAUCUCAUCAGCAUCUCCACUGACGGCAAGAUGUGCUCCUGGAGUCUGGACAUGCUGUCCACACCACAGGACAGUCUGGAGCUCGUGUUCAAACAGUCCAAGUCAGUGGCCGUCACCUCCAUGUCAUUUCCUCUGGGUGACGUCAAUAACUUUGUGGUGGGCAGCGAGGACGGGUCCGUCUACACCGCCUGCAGACACGGCAGUAAAGCGGGCAUCAGUGAGAUGUUCGAGGGUCAUCAUGGACCAAUCACAGGCCUCGACUGCCACACAGCAGCAGGACCAGUCGACUUCUCUCACCUGUUUGUCACUUCCUCCUUUGACUGGACCGUCAAACUCUGGAGUACCAAGAACAAUAAGCCCUUGUACUCUUUCGAGGAUAAUUCAGACUACGUGUAUGACGUCAUGUGGUCUCCCACACACCCCGCUCUGUUCGCCUGUGUGGACGGGGUCGGACAUUUGGACCUGUGGAACCUCAACAACGAAACUGAGGUUCCCACGGCGAGCGUGACGGUGGAGGGAAGCCCUGCGCUGAACCGCGUGCGCUGGGCUCAGUCGGGACGAGAGGUGGCCGUCGGAGACUCUGAGGGCCAGGUGCACAUUUACGACGUCGGAGAGCAAAUCUCAGUGCCGCGGCAGGACGAAUGGACGCGUUUUGUGCUCACGCUCACCGAGAUCAACGAGAACCGCGAGGAUGUGGAGGAACUGGCCGCUCAGCGAUUGGCUGCAUGAUCACCAUAGCAACCCCUGCUGAUCAAUGACGUUUCCCCUGCAUUUGCAUAUCUCCACCUUCUCUGAAGUUAUUUUAGUGACAAUCUUGGGCUCUUUUUUUCAUUCUAGAGACAAAUGGGAUAUUUCAGAAAGCAAGACUUUGCUAUUAAUAAUUGAAGCACUUAGUGUUGCUAAAAAAUUAAGAAUCUAAUAAGAAUCGUAGUGGGAUUGGAUGGUGAAAGUAGAUUAUAUCAGGCGGGAAUUGUAAUGUUUUUAUCUAUUUGUAGGAUUAGAGGCUGAUUUGGAGGAAAGGGAGGAUUGAUUGCUGUGCAUCAACACUAACACUUCCAAUAUGCAAACUAUUGUACAGCAGCUUCAGACACUGACAUAACCUACAGUAACAGGAGAAAUGUGCUUUUUAAGAGGUGGGAUAUUUUUAACAUCCCCUUCUGGAUAAACUUUCACAUUAUUGGAUUAUUUAUAGCUUUUUAACAAAUGCAUUUUGUUUUUAGCUCAUAAAGACUGAACAUGCUUUUGUAAUAACCAAAUCAGCACACUUUUCAACAUGUAACUCAGUUCUUACUUCUGAUUGCCUUAAAGCUAAUUUUAUAACACACACACACACACACGUAUCCACAAUCUUCCAUCACACAAAGCAUAACCCUCUUGGUGCUUGUUUAUUCCAGCGCUUGCCUUUGCAAAACGUUGGUAGAAAUCUCUAGAUCACCGUUUUAAAAAAUGUCCCAUGAUUUGUAAUUUCAAAAGGGCUUGGAUAAAAACCAUGGUCCUUUAAUUAGCAUUUCAAAUUUCCCUUUGGCACAUAUUUAGACUAGUAGACAGUGUUAAUAUUUUGCCAUUUAUUUAUUAAUACAGUUUUCCUUUAACAGUUAACGGCCAGCUUGUCCACAUCUGGAUCCUUUUAUAUUUAUGUAUAUUUAAUUUGUUAUUUCACAUAUUUUAUUUGUAAUUUGAAUUUAGUGACCUCCCAAAUAAUUUUUAAAUAUUUCAGUUUACUCAUUA